GAUUUAAUCAUCAGUCCUCCACGGCUCACACCCUAAAAAGUCACCUCUCCCUAUAUUUCUGUGGGACCCACAAACUUCCUCUCUCUUUCUGAAGAAUCUCCGCGACGGCAGCGCUCGAGUCCAAAACGAAACCCAGAAUCAGCUCUCUCUCUCUCUGCAGAAUUCGAUCUCCAAGCUCGAUUCGUCAAUGCCGGUCACUGCUAUAGGGUUUUUAAAGUUAUUGGAAUGAGUUGUUGAGGAGAAAUUCUUCUUCAAAUUGAGUUUGUUUGAUUGGGUUUUAAGUGAUGGCGGGAAAUGUGAGGUUUGAGUCGUGUUCAGCUAGUCCGGAGGAAUUUGCUUUUGGGGGGAGCUAUACAAAUGGGCAGAGGGGAAGUUAUACUGGUGCUAGUUUGGAUAGGUCUGGAAGCUUUCGUGAGGACGGCGAGAGUCAUGUUUUUGGUUCCGUUACUAGUUCCCGGGGGAGUGCUAAAUCAAUGGGGGAUUUGCCCCCGCUAUCUGAGUGUUUGAUGUUGGAUUUUAUUAAAAUGGGGGAUCAGAAAUAUACUCGGUCUGGUGAGCUAAGAAGGCUACUAGGGAUUUCAUUUGGGAGUAGUGUGGAAGAUAAUUCAUUUGGAGCUGCUCACUCAAAGCCUCCCCCUCCUGUGGCUAUGGAGGAUCUAAAACGAUUUAAAGCAAGUGUGCAAGAUGCCUCUGUCAAGGCCAGGGGUAGAGCAAAAAAGCUUGAUGACUCCUUAAAAAAAUUGAACAAGUAUUGUGAAGCUUUAAACUCAAAGAAGCAACAACGGAGUGAUAUGACAAACGAAAGAUCAGGGGGGUCUAACUUGUUGAAGAUGGGAAAUCAGAUUCAGAGAACUCCUACAGACCUGGCUCAAAUACUGGAGGACAGGCCAAAAAAUGUUGUUCUAAAUAAGCGGGUUCGCUCAUCAGUUGCAGAAAUACGGGCUGAAGGUCGAAAUAAUUCCUUUUCGAGGCAGCCUCUUGUCAUAGGAAAAGAUAGAGAUAUUCUUAAAGAUGUUGGUGAUGGUUCUGAUAUUGUUGAAGAAAAGAUUCGCCGACUGCCUGUUGGAGGGGAAACAUGGGACAGAAAAAUGAGAAGGAAACGCUCUAUGGGCGCCGUCUCUACCAGAUCUAUAGAUGGUGAUGUAGAGCCGAAAAGAGUUAUGCAUCAUAAGUUUAAUAAUGAGUCUGUUCUGCAAUCUUCCGAUGUCCAAGUUUUUAGAUCAGGAUCCUCUAGUGUUAGUAGCGGCAUUAACAAGUUAGAUGGUACUUCCCUUCCUGCUGGUUCAAGUGCCCGUGCAAUUUCCAAGAAUGAAUGGGACAAAGCUUCUCUUUCAAGGGAUUCAGUUGCAUUGAGUAAGGAGCGAAUUAUAGCAAAGGGAAACAAUAAGUUAAAUAGUUGUGAGGAUAAUUCUAUAGUCAGUCCUUAUCCGUUAACAAAGGGAAAGGCUCCACGGGCACCACGAUCUAGCCCUGUAAUGGCAGGAAGCUCAUCUCCUAAUCUUCCUCGCAGUUCUGGGGUACCUGAAGUCUGCGAACAACCUACAAGCAUAAGCAAAUUCCAUUCAGUGAAUGGGACAAACAAUCGGAAGCGUCCUGUGCCCACAGGGUCAUCCUCUCCCCCCAUGGCUCAAUGGGUUGGUCAGAGACCGCAAAAAAUCUCUCGCACACGAAGAACAAAUCUGGUGUCUCCUGUGUCAAGCAAUGAUGAAGUGCAGAUAUCAUCAGAAGGGGGCUUGCCUUCUGAUUUAGGUGCUAGAGUAACUUCCAUUGGGUCCAAUGGGUUGCUUCUUGCCAGGAAUGGCAUCAAACAAUUUAGAGUGAAACAUGAACAUGUUUCAUCCCCAGCCAGAUUAUCUGAAAGUGAAGAAACUGGUGCUAGUGAAAAUCUUGAAAGUAGAUUGAAUGAUAAAGGAUUGGGAAAAUUUGAAGUCGAUGAAAAAGCUAUAAAUUCUCUUCAGAAUGUUGUUCCUCCCAUAUUGUUUACAAAGAAGAAUAAAGCACUGAAUAAAGAAGAAACUGGAGAUGGUGUGCGGAGACAAGGAAGGAGUGGUAGAGGCACAUCAGUUUCUAGGGCUAUCAAUUCACCUAUAACCGAGAAACUGGAGACUUCAGCUUCAACAAAGCCACCUAGAAGUACGAGGCCUAGUUCUGAAAAAAGUGGAAGUAAGUCAGGCCGACCUCCAGUAAAGAAAUUUUCGGAUCGCAAGGCCUUUACUCGUCUUGGGCAUAUGUCAACUGGCGGUUCUCCAGAUUUAACUGGUGAAUCAGAUAAUGAUCGUGAAGAACUCUUAGCAGCUGCCGAUUUUGCUUCUACUGCCCGCUAUCUGGCCUGUUCAAGUCCAUUCUGGAAGCAGAUGGAACCAAUUUUUGCUUCUGUUAGCUUAGAAGAUGCAUCCUAUUUGAAGCAGCAGCUGAAACUAACAGAGGAAAAUCAUGAAAGAUUGUUUCAGAUUCUUGGUCAUGGCAACAAUGUUUUGGGUGCACCAGAACAUGGAAAGAACUUUUCGUCCCAAGCUCUUGAUUCUGGAGAAAGGCAGAGAAGUUUGCAAGAACAAAAUGUGUCAAAUGGGCUUAUCAAGACUGGUAGUGUGAAUGAUGGAUAUCAGGAAAUUGGUACUGUUGGAAAAUUUGAUUCAGAAAGAAUGACAAAAGUUACCCCAUUGUACCAAAGGGUGUUGUCAGCUCUUAUUGAGGAAGAAGAAACUGAAGAAUUUGAAGAAAACAAUGGAGAAAGAGAUAUGUCUUACCAAUAUAGUAGAAAUGAUUCUCCUAAUGAUACAAGUCUCCAUAUUGACGGUGAUCAUACAAACAGGGCCAAGACUGAAUCUGAAUCUGAGUCCAUGUUGAGUCUUCAAACUCAGAGACAAUGUGCUGUCAACAGAUUUUCUUGUAAUGGGAGCACUAACUGCACCAGGGGCACUAGCAUCCACAAUAAGUUAUCUAAUGGCAAUCUGUUCCAAGGAGAUAAUGGUUUUCUGCAUUCAAGUAUUGAGAUGUUCCCCCUGUUUUCUGAAUAUGGUGUUGAUGAGCCACUAACUGAAGAUAAAAAUGCUUCUGGCAUUUUCCCUGUUGACUGCCGAUAUGAUGAAAUGUGUCUAGAGGACAAACUCCUGUUGGAGCUGCAGAGUGUUGGCCUAUAUCCAGAGACAGUGCCUGAUCUGGCAGAUGGAGAUGAUGAACAAAUUAAUCAAGAUAUUGUUGAAUUACAGAAGGAACUUCGCCAACAGGUUGAUAAAAAUAAGGUGCACUUGAACAAAAUUAUUAAGGCAAUUGAGGAAGGAAAGGAAAUGGAAGAGUGGGCCCCUGAGCAGGUUGCGAUGGACAAGCUUGUUGAAUUGGCUUACAGGAAGCAGCUGGCCACUAAAGGAAGUAGUGCAUCAAAAGGUGGGGUCACAAGGGUUUCAAAACAAGUUGCCUCAGCUUUUAUGAAGAGGACCCUCUCUAGAUGUCGGCAAUUCGAAGAUACAGGAAAAAGCUGUUUUGCUGAGCCUCCACUUCGAGAUGUCAUUUUUGCUGCACCUCCUUUUGGCAAUGCUGCAGAAUCUAUGAAUUCCAAUGGCUCUACAGUUGCUAUAAAUUUGCCCCUUGAAACUAAAAGCUCUCAACCAGAGCCUGGGAAAUCAGGCUCCUUCCUCAGUAGGGCUGAGCGGCAUGAUAUUUUUAGUGAUAAAACUGGCAGCGGUUCAUUUGAUGUUUUUGGAAAUCUUACGUACCCAUCCGACCAUGAGUUUGCCAAAACUGGGCCCAUAUUUAACCGAGGGAAGAAGAAGGAAGUGCUGCUUGAUGAUGUUGGUGGCAGUGCUUCCUCAAGAGCCUUAUCGACUCUUAGUAAUACACAAGUUGGUGGAACAAAGGGAAAGAGAAGUGAGAGAGAAAGGGACAAAGAUACAUUAGGCAGAAGUUCUGUUACCAAAGCCAGCCGUACAUCACCGGGUAACUUUAAGGGUGAACGUAAAACAAAAACAAAGCCCAAGCAGAAGAUAGCUCAGCUUUCAACUUCAGGAAAUGGAUCUGUUAACAAGGUUACAGAAACAACUCAUCCUGAAGUGAAUGCCAAUGGUAGUAAUGCAAAAGGAGACACAGGACUGAUUUCCUGUGGUGAAACUCCUCAGGAUUCAUCUAAAGAGAUCAAGGAACCACUAGAUUUUGCCAACUUGCAGUUGCCUGAAUUAGACCCUAUGGAACUAGGUGGGCCUCAAGAUAUAAGUUCUUGGUUGAACAUUGAUGAUGACAAUCUUCAAGACCAUGAUACAGAGGGCCUUGACAUACCUAUGGAUGACCUCUCAGAUUUGAUUAUGAUUCCAUGAAGACAGUAUACUGUAUAUUCCCAUGGAUUUUUCAACUAUUUAGAUAAGAAUGAUGGUGCUGUUGCUGGGGGACAACCUGCCAAUAUAAUUUAUGCCUCCAGCUAUUGGCACUUGUAAUUACCCCAUUCUUUUUGUAUACUUUUUGAAAGAAGUAAUCAAUGAAAAAGAGAAAAUAUAUCUUUACUGUUUA